AUGAGUCAAGAAGGAACCCCUCCUCUGCCGGAGGGCAUCUCCUCCCUUCUUGAUACCGAUCUAUACAAGUUGACGAUGCAAUGCGCCGUUCUCAAGUACUUCCCUGAUGUCCACGUAACAUACGGCUUCACGAACCGCACUCCGCAGAUGAAGCUGACGCGGGAGGCAUAUAAAUGGCUUCUGAACCAAAUGGACCGUCUCGCAAACGUCCACGUCACACCUGAGGAAAUCGAAUUCCUGAAGAAACGCUGUCCCUACUUCAGCCCGGCCUACCUGGACUUCUUGACAACCUUCAAACUCAAGCCUACCGAGCAGAUCGAAAUCCACUUCACCCCCACCACCGACACCGGCAGUGACGACGACGUUGGCGACAUCCACUACGUCGUCAAGGGUCUCUGGGUGGACACGAUCCUGUACGAGAUCCCGCUGCUGGCGCUGACCAGUGAGGCCUACUUCCGCUUCUGCGACAAGGACUGGGACUACAGCAACCAGGAGGACAAGGCCUACCGCAAGGGCUGCGUGCUGCUGGAGAAUGGCUGCGUGUUCUCCGAGUUCGGCUCGCGACGCCGCCGCGACUACCACACCCAGGACCUGGUCAUGACGGGGCUGUGUCGUGCCGCGGCCGAAAAGAAGAAACAGGGUUGGUCAGGCGUCUUCACCGGCACGAGCAACGUGCACUUUGCGAUGAAGUACGACGUCGAUCCUGUCGGUACUGUCGCUCACGAGUGGUACAUGACCAUUGCGGCGAUCACGGACGACUACGAGCACGCUAAUGAGAUAGCCCUGCGGUACUGGAUGGGCUGCUUUGGAGAGGGUGUGCUCGGCAUCGCGCUGACCGAUACCUUCGGCACGCCCGCCUUCCUGGACGCCUUCCGCAAGCCCAUCCCCGACUACACCAGCGCGGGCGUCGGCGCCGUGUCCACGACGGCCUCCGGCCCCGGCACGACCGGCGAGUCGACGCCCCAGAGCGAGGCCGACACAAAGCCACCCAUCGCCGCGCCGAUCGACAACGGCAGCCACCCGCAUCCCUCCAAGACGUACGCGCAUGUGUACACUGGCGUGCGGCAGGACUCGGGCGACCCGACGUACUUCGUCAAGAUGGUGCGGGAUUUCUACGACCGCGAAGGCAUCACAGAGAAGAAGUCGGUCGUAUUCUCUGACUCGCUGAACAUCGAGCACUGUCUCGAGUACAAGGUCAUUGCGGAGGAGGCCGGGUUCCGGCCUGUUUUUGGAGUUGGGACGUUCUUUACCAAUGACUUUGUCAACAAGUCCAACGGGGAGAAGUCGAAGCCGCUGAAUAUCGUUAUCAAGAUUGCCACCGCGAAUGGUCGGCCCGCGGUGAAACUCAGUGACAAUAUGGGCAAGAACACGGGCGACAAGGAGACGGUGCAGAGCGUUAAGAAACGGCUUGGGAUAUACUGA